AUAUAUUCUCUUUACUCUUUUAUGUAACAAUGACCGGUUUUUAAUAUAUUUGUUCGGUUGUUUUACAGGUUCAAGUUACUUGUACUUAAACGUUCAGCCGCCAAUAAAUUUUCCUAAUUUGCGUGGUUUAUGGCUGUCACUCGGAUAGCGAUCGUUCUUGGGGAAUUAUUAGAUGAAGGGCAAAAAUCAUCGUUGGUAAAGGAUGUGAUUCAAGGUUUGAGUACAUGUCCACCAGAUUUUCUGCUAAAGAUCCAAUCUCAUCUGGAUAAAUUAACAAGCAAUCAACAAUGUUCAUCUGAGUGUAUUUUCUCUUACAAAGAAGAAGAUUUUGAAUUCCUAACCUUAUGUCGCCCAUCAUCAUCUGGAAUUACGUCGUUAUUAACAAGUUUUCUUCAACCAUCAAAAAAUCCCGAUGUCACUCUUAAUGUUAUUCUUAUAUACGCUGGCUUACUAUCGGAUGGAUCAGCUCAUUGGUUGUUACCCAACUUUGUGUUAACACCUACAUUCUUGACUGAUUUUAUUCAACAUUUGUCUACUCUACAUCCUAAACCAGAUGAUACGGAAAGUCUCCCAUCUCACAAACCUAUUCGGCUUCACAUUGGUAUCGGGGCCGUUUCAUCGGGUGGAGACUGGCGACACCUUGUUAGCAACCCACCACAGCCUAUUGGAGGACAUGUAUUCCAUGUUACAGUUAACCGUUGUCGUACAGUAGCAAAACCAAAGACUAACAAGCCUACAGACCCUCCUUCGCCGUCUUCUAGCUCAUUUGAUUUUGAGAGUUUUCUAUGUGAUAUGCUAACCAAACUACCUGAUCCUUAUUGUAUUCCUCUCAGUCAAACUUUGGUAAUGCGCUCACCAACUGAUCUUACACUUAAAGUUUCCAAACCUUGCAUUUAUGUGUUCCCUGAAGGUUCUGGGCAGGCAUCUAUCCUCGCUCUUCCUUUUUACAAUAUGUUAAUUGAUGGAGGAUGUAGUCAUAAACCUUGCUUUUGGUCUGUUGCUAAUUAUCUUGAUCGCCUGGAUUCUGUUCUGGUAACUCAUUGGGGUAUUGAUAACAUACUCGGACUGAAUACGAUUCUUCCGACAGUUUUCAAACCAAGCAACGAUCAAUCGUUACUGUGUCUUCUGACUCCUCCACCGAAUAUUAACAACAUGAAAAUCAAUAAUCAUACUCAAGAUCCACUACCGUUUACGGUUAAUCUACCAAUGUAUUUUUCUAAUUUAGUUGGAGAAAUAAAACGUUCUGGUACUAAUCUCAUGGUCUAUCCAGUCACUCGAGGAGGAAAACAGUCAGUAGUUCCAAAACCACUACAACUUUUCCAGAAAGUAGGUCAAGGUUGUUUGGAGUUAUUCCCAUUGACCCCUGGAGAUGAUGAUUCUGCCGAGUUGCGCAAGUUAAAUGAUGAUUGGUCUAAAUGUGCUCCUUCACUAAUGGCAACAUCUGUCCCAUUAAAUAAAAGUUCAGGAAACAAAACGACCGUUCCACUUCUUUCCUACACAAGUGUAUCAGCUUUGGUUGUUUGGAGACCUACUAAAGAUACUGAACCUAUACUUCGAUUUCUUUUUGUAUCACCAAAUGCACAUCAAACACGUAUUUUGUCAAGUCUUGAUGCAUUAAUUACUAGUUUCAUCUACCUUCGUCAUCCUAAAGCUGUCCCAGCAGAGUUGGAACGAAAACGACCAUCACAACCUUCAAGUGCUGCUUCACGUCGUCCAACGGUACCAGUAACGCACGCAACAUCUGGUAGUAAUGAAGGCAGUAUCAAUUCUGUGGGACAAAAUAAUCAUAAUACUACUACUUCUCGACCAUCUCAUGUAGCAAAGAAGGGGACGACGACAAAGACAACACAGGACACUGCAACACAUCGGCCUCCAUCGUCUAAAACACCUGCAAGCAGUAAAACACAAGCGAAUGCUAAACCUCCUAUUAACAAAACGAAUCAUGUGGUUAAAAAUGCUGAUACUGUUAUGGAGUCACCACCUAAACAACUAGAGGUUCAUGAUAAUGAAGUUUCUACACCAAAUUUGAUACCUUCAGAAUUAAUUACUGAAAGUUCCGGUAUUCAUGAUGUAUCAAAUAAUAUUAUCAAUGGUGAUAUUAUGCAUAAAACAAAUGGUUUUACUCAUGAUCUUUCCGAUUUUGAGCCUUCUGUUAGCUCAGAACAAACGAAUCAUGAUUUAUUAAUUCAUGAUAUGAAUUCAAUGAAAUUGCAAGAUUAUGGUGAAAAUGUUUUUAUCGCUGCUGAUAAUCUUAAUAAUAAUAAUGAUACUAGUGUUAAUAAUAAUAAUAAUUUAAAGGAUAGUAAUCAAAUGAUGUCAACCGGUUUAGAUGAAUAUGAUCCUAUUGCAUCAUGGGGAUCGCCCCAGAAUUUGCCUUUACCGCCUACAGGUUCAGAAGUUGGCAAAAAACCUGAAACAGUUGUAACAACAAACGGUGAAAAGAAAUCCGCAUCUCAUUUGACGAGGAGGGUUACAUCUGUCAACAGUAGUAGCGGUAGUACAGCAUUAGGUGCAACAAAAACUGGUCGUCUUUCUCUUGCACCUCGUGUUGGUGGAUUACAUUCGAAUAUAAGCAACCAGCCAGUCAGUUAUCCUCCUGGUUAUACUAUUGCCUCUGGUCAUGCUCCAGGUACAACAAAGGCUCCUCCAUAUGACAAGGUUAAAACGAUUUAUGUUGAUGUCGCUUUUCUACCAGGUAGUGGAAAUUCAAAUUAUGUUGAUGCUGAGUGGUUUAAACGUGUUCGAGCUCGUUACUAUGUAGCCACUGAUGUAAGACCAACAUGCUCUCUUCUAGAGUCCUUAGUCGUAGGAAAAGAAUCAUGGAGUGGCGAUGAUGCACAACUUGAUGUCUCUUUGAUAUUGGCUUAUGAAACUGAGGAGUUAUUAAUAUGGCUCGGUGUGAAUGCUGGACGUCUCAACAAUUGUCAUGUUAAUGUUGCCGCUGUCAUUUCACGUUCAUCUAUCCAAAUAUUAAAUGAAAAACCUUCAGCUUUCGGUGAUGGUCCUCUUAACUAUCCAGGCUAUCGUAUAGACUUAUUUUAACCAAAAAUGUAUCAGCAUGUCACUGACGUAUAUAACUAAUCUUUAACUGAUGAAUCUCAGUCUUCAUCUUUUCAUCAGUUGUAUCGGCUUUAAAAAACAGAAUAGUAUUUCAUUUCUAUAUCUUCGUAUAUAUAUGUGUUUGUGCGUGCGUAUGUAUUAACAGGAGCAGCUAUCCAUCCAUAUUAGUACAUCGAGAAAUAGGAUAGGAAUCUUACAGUAUGAAAGUUUUUUUUCGAAGACAUUAGAAAGUAAACAUUGUGUAUGUGUCCCUCUGUGUAUAUCGUUAAACCUUUUGACUGGCUUUUCAGUUAUUUUAUUCGAUUGAUUUUUACAUAGAUUAUUAUAUUUACGUUGUUCACUUGUUUCUAGUUGUUGUUUAUUAUCGUUAUCAUCUUUAUUGUUGUAAGAUUCAGUUAGUUUUUACCCAUAAAUUUGUGGAGCUGCCUCAUAUAUGCUGUUUCUUAUUAUUUCUCUCGCACAUACAUUUAUAUAUACAUAUAUAGUAAAUUUAUUUUAAUGCAUCUUUCUUUUAAUGUGCAUCUGCUUCACGAUUGACUUUCUUCACAUACUCAACAUUUUAACGCUUGUAAUAUUUCUCUCAUUUUAAAUGUGUGUAUGACUGGGUGGAAGAUGUUGCUUCUUUAAUGAUACAAGGACUAUAUAUAUAUAUAUAUAUAUA